AUGCGGGCUUUUCCCACCCUGCUGGCUAUUCUAGGCGCCGGCUCCCUUGGGAGCGGCGUGCUCGGGGAUUCGCUGGCAAGCAUCGACCAUGUUGUCCUAUUCAUGCAGGAGAAUCGAGCGUUUGACCAUUACUUCGGAACGAUGGCUGGCGUUCGAGGUUUCUCUGACCCCAAUGUACAAGUGAAUCCUAAUGGUAAAUCAGUCUGGUACCAGAAACUGAACAAGACGAUAACGAAGGAUGCCGAUUAUCUGCUCCCUUUCUAUCUCAACGAAUUGGGUGGCCACUGGUUGAAUGCUACCCAGUGUAUGGACGCAGGAUCAAAUGGUUAUGAGGAGAACCACUUGGCCUACAACGGCGGUCUUAAUGACCACUGGGCCCUCAACAACACGCCAUGGAGCUGGGGCUACUAUAAGAGGAAUGACCUCCCUGUCCAGUUUGCCCUGGCAGAAGGCUGGACUGUAGGCGACAUGUACCAAGAAAGCGUCAUCGCAUCGACCAAUCCAAACCGUGUGACGUGGGUGAGCGGAACAAUCAACGUGCCGGGCUCACCGCAGACAGCAAACCAGGGGGGCGUGUACAUCGACAAUAACGAAGUCCCCGGGUGCGAGAUGCCAGGGGUGAAUUGCUACCCACUGUCGUGGACCACAACCCCUGAGAUAUACCAGCAAGCUGGCGUUACAUGGCAAGUCUAUCAAGAUGUCGACAAUUUCGACGACAACCCCCUCGCCUGGUUUGCGCAGUAUCAGAACGCCAAAAAUAGCACAGCCCUCCAUCAACGAGGGAUGUCCUAUGUCGGCCUAGACGCUUUCUACGAGCAGGCCGCAAAUGGCACACUUCCAAUGAUUUCGUAUAUUAUCGGUCCGACUGAACUUUCCGAACAUCCGCCUUAUUCUCCCCAUGACGGCGCCUGGCUCCAGCAACAAGUUGUCAACGCUGUAACCUGGGGCAAGAACUGGAACAGCACAGCUUUGAUCAUCAGCUAUGAUGAGACAGGCGGUUGGGGAGACCACGUCAGCCCCUAUCACGCACCCAUGAACACGACGGCUGAAUGGCUUGACGAUCCUUACGGGAUGUUUGGCUAUACCUUUGCAGGGCCCGGGUUCCGGCUCCCAUUUUACAUCAUUUCACCUUGGACACGGGGCGGCAAUGUCUUCACCGAAAAGUCGGACCACAAUUCGCAGAUUAUGUUUGUCGAGAAAUGGCUGCAGGCCAAAGGCUAUGAGGAUGUCGUAACCCGUGAGAUGCCUACCUGGCGUCGUGAGCAAAUGUCCGAUCUGACCGCGGCAUUCGACUUCUCAAAUCCGGAUGUGUCCAUCCCUACAAUCCCCAAGGCGAAGAUGCCACACAAGGAUAAAAACGGUGUCUGGGACGGUUCCUCCUACUGCGAGGCUCAAUACGCAGUCCAGCGUCCGCCCGUGCCGUACGGCAACCAAACCGAAAAGACCUCACUGGUCUCCGAAAAGGGGUUCAAGUCCGUGCGUGGAUAUCUGACCGAAGGGCGCUUCCUCACUUUCGAGGCCUCCGGGUUUGCGCUCUCAAACCCUGGCGGAAACGCCACGCACCUGGAUGCAACCAAAGCGACUACCUCACACUCGGCCCGCUCUCAACGAUGGGUGAUUCACGAGACGUCCACAAACAGCGGGCUGUUCACCAUCAGUAGCCCAGUAAACGGACGGUACAUUGGGGCGGACAUGACGCUGGUGAACAAGACCGCGGCAAUGGUGCACAAUAUCACGUACCUCGGUGGUGGGCAGGGAUAUAACCUGCUGGACAGCAAUGGCAAGUAUAUAACGAUCGACAACGGCGGUGGUGUGGUUCUGUCCUCGUCAGCUCAAUCGUUCUCGAUCUAUAGCGUCACUUGA